GUAUAAGAGCGGAACAAUGAUUUGGCGGUGGAUUCCAGUCGGCGUGUAAACAGUGUAGCACACCAGUAUGUCCAGUGCUUUCGCAGCUUGGAGGUUAUUUAGAUGUAGAAUAUUGAAUGAGGACAUUACUGAAACUGAGGUGUAGUUUUCUCCAGGAGCCAUGAAACUGUUCCACUGUCUCCGUCAUGUCGACAAGUUCAGAUCCGUGUUUGACUUCGGCGGCCGGGAGGUGGCUCACUGGUUCCCCGGACACAUGGCUAAAGGACUGAAGCAGAUGAGAGCCAGUCUGAAGAAAGUGGACUGUAUCAUAGAAAUACAUGAUGCCAGAAUCCCAUUCUCUGGAAGGAACCCUUUGUUUCAGGAGACUCUCGACGUUAGGCCACAUGUGCUCAUUCUCAACAAGAUGGACCUAGCGGAUAUGACAAACAAGCAGAGGAUCCUGAAGAAGCUGGAAAAAGAUGGGGUGCAGAACGUUCUGUUCACAGACUGUUUGAAGCAGAGAGAUGACAGCAUCAAAAAGUUGGUGCCGAUGGUGCUGGAAAUUAUAGGGUUGGGACCACGUUUUAACAGAGACGAGAACCCAAAUUACUGCCUGAUGGUGAUUGGAGUCCCCAAUGUGGGGAAGUCAUCUCUUAUUAACUCAUUAAGGAGAACGAACUUGAAAAAAGGUCGUGCAUCUCGAGUGGGUGGAGAGCCUGGUAUAACUAAAGCGGUUCUGACUAGAAUUCAGGUGUGCGAGCGACCCAUAAUGCACCUGUUGGACACGCCAGGAGUCCUGCCUCCUAAGAUCGAGAGUGUUGAGACAGGCAUGAAGCUGGCUUUAUGUGGAACUAUACUGGACCAUUUAGUCGGUGAAGAUGUGAUAGCUGACUACUUACUCUACUCUCUGAACAGGCAGGAAAAGUUCAGUUACGUGGAAAAAUACAGCCUCCCUGAGCCCAGUGAUGACAUCCAGCAUGUUCUCAAACGCAUCGCUGUAAAACUCAGAAAGACACAACGGGUCAAAGCCAUCACUGGAGUUGGCAACAUCACAGUGACCAUCCCGAACUACACAGCAGCAGCUUACGAUUUCAUCCGAGCUUUCAGGAAAGGAGAGCUGGGACGAGUCAUAUUGGACUGAGCUGAGCCGUUUAAAAAGCAGACGACCAGAGACUGUUGCAGGAUUUUGUCCUCAACCGGAAAAGAUUCCUAUUUAACCACAAAGGUUUCCUCCAGGAAAUAUUGUCCCACUCUGUCCUCAUGUCUCUGACAUUUUGAGGACAUGAUAAAUUCUCUUUUGUUCAUCGAUGAUGUAAAAAAUUCAACAACUGUGUCCUCUGUACAAAAACGAUUUUUUUCCGCUUUGCAUUUUGCACAUGAGGAAGAAAUCUGACAUGGUGUAAACUGGAUAUUUAUUAGCAUAAAGACAGUGAUAACAAAUUCUUUUUUACUAUGUACAUUAGUGUAGUAGCAUAUAAUAUAGUGCACUUAUAAAUACGGAACAGUCUGUUGCUCCUGAGUUUGUACUGCAGGUAAAAAGCUCUUCUUGGAUGAUGGCCAGGCUCUACAAAACGUUCAAAAACGUAACAGUGAGAGCAGCUGUUCUCGAGUGUUUCUCCGACCAUGACGGGAUACCCACACUGGUCUGAGGAAUGAUUUCAGUGAUACAGUAUAAAAGGGUGUGAAUCGCACAAUGAUUUGAGGUGAAUGAAGCAAAAUGCUGUUUAGCUUUCCCUGUAUACAGUACCCUAUAUUAUUGUGGAGAAUGGUCUUUACAGCCGCGUUAGUGACCACCACUGCAUAUCAUUCAAAUUGCUCAGACAUUUUGCAGAAGAGAUGCAGUAAAAUAACGUUUUGCUGGUUGAAUUGACAAAUUGAGAAAUAUACAAAUUUUUCACUCUAAGGACAAAGGAGGAAUUACUAAAUGACGUGCUUUAGUGUUUUACACAAACUGCUGCACGUCCUAUUCUUUGACCCAAAUCUGCAAAUACAUGAAAUAAUUUACCUCAGUUGUACACAUUAGCGAUCGUGGUUGCUCACUUUGCUUUCUUUUAUUUAGUUAAAGAAAAUACAGUUAUAAUUUAGAUAUAUUUGAGUUUGGCAGUACAGCUUAAACUGGUGACCAGUAGUCUAGUGAAGAACUUUUCUUUAAUUCGAUACAGGGAUCAAGAUGUAUAGAAUCUCACUCACAGACUCAAUACAUUUGACCAAUGUGCACUGUUUGACUGGUGAAAUGUCACAAUGAAUAAUACCGUCCUGGUUAUGUA